GUUUUUCUGGAACAUUUCACUUUCGAUAGGCUGUUAAUUAGGCAUACGUGGAUAUGGCCAUUCCACAGUCAGACCAUUAUUGAUUCCGGUGCGGACAUUAGGCUACUUUUGGAAAUAGGCGCACAUAUUGGGUUUGCAUUUCGUAGCAGGGUAGUGAUCUCCGCUUGAUUUAUUCAUGGCCCAUGCAGCUGUAUCUGCACUGGAUUUGGGGAGAGAGAAACAGUUGUUAAAGUUUUUUCCCGAACCUGUCCGACUUCACCUGCUCUACAGGGCGCGCCACCAUGGAUUUAAGAUGUCUGAUUUGAUUUCUAAAUUCGAUAAAGUGGGAAGAUUCGUUGUAAUCGUUUAUUUGGAAUCAGGCACAAUGAAGGGGGGCUAUCUGAGUAAACAACCUCAUUCCUAUCUCCAAGAGGACAGAGGGGCAUUUGUCUUCGAAAUAGACCAUCAAAAAGCAAACGUCUUUCCUGUCGUGAAGCACCGCGAUUCGAUCAUUUUUAAUAAUAAGUAUAAUAAUGAAAUCUUGGGCUUUGGGGAUUGCCUAAAAAUUUACAACAAUAAGGACAAAACACUUUGUGUUGAUGUGAUGGAAGAUGAUACCUACACACCCACUGGUUGGAGUGAAGAGUUCGAGGUGCCCUUCAUGGAUGUGGAGUUGCAUCGCAUUCAAAGUGUUGGAGAUGUGCUGCUGAACCCUUGGAGGGAGCUGUCAUGGACUGAGAAAGAGAGGGGGUCACUGAGGAAGAAUCUGGUCUCCUUCAAACCGGCCUGCCAGUCUCUGAACCGAGUCAGGGUUCUUUUGAUGGGUCCUCCUGGGUCAGGAAAAUCCAGCUUCAUCAACUCUGUCAGAUCUGUGAUGUUCGGAAGAGUCCUUCUCCUGCCUUUUAUUGGCACUGCAACAAAGGGCUUCAUCAAGAAGCUGAAGUCGUAUGACAUCCGGUCAGAGAGAGGGGGGAAGCCCACAGCUCUGACCCUGUGUGAUGUGUUGGCUCUGGGUGACGGUGAGACGACUGGCCUGACCCUCACAGACGCACUGACUGUCAUCAAGGGACAUGCCCCAGAGGGACACAAGUUUCAAAGUGAUGCGCCAAUCAAAGCUGAGACUUCAGGUUACAGACCGAAUCCAUCGGUAAAUGACCAAAUUCAUUGUGCGGUGUUCGUUCUGAAUGCCUGCCAAGUCAUGACCACCAGUGAGGACCUUACAAUGAUAUUGAGGACACUUCAAGCUGAAAUCUCAGAUCUAGACAUCCCCCAGGUGGUUCUGUUGACCCAUGUGGACCAGAUGUGUCAUGCCGUCCAAGAGGAUGUGAAGUUUGUCUACUCCAGCCGCAUGCUACAGGAGAAGAUGCAGAAGGCAGCAGAGGUGGUGGGUUUGCCAGUGUCCUAUGUGCUUCCAGUGAAGAACUACUCCAGUGAGCUGUCUGUGAGCUGCAACACUGACAUCCUGCUGCUGAGUGCAGUUCAUCACAUUCUCCAAGCUGUUGACGACACUUAUGAGGAUUACUGCCCUCCAACCCCUGCAGAUGCCAGUCCAGUGACUGUUUAGUGUUUGAUAAGUAACUGUGUGGAAAGGUAUCCUGCUGUAAUGCAUGUGUCAUUAACAGUGUUGGGAUUAGGUACUUAAUAAAGUAAUAUUACAUAUUACUUGUUACAUUCAACAAAAUAACAUGUUACUUUACAAUAUUACUUUGCAUGAACGUAACACGUUAUAUUACUCGUAUAUUACUUUGCAAUACUUUCAUGAAAAAAAAUCUCUAAACCUCACAGUUUGUUUAACUUUCUGAGCCUCUGAGGGAGCGAGGUGAGCCACGCAUGCUCUACCAAAGAUCGGCUCAUCUAAUUCAUAAAAAUAAUUACCUUCAACCCGAUCAGGAACAUCUUGGACACAACUAUUUCCUAAAUGGUGUAGGCUGAUGUAUUCACUGAUGUAUUUAUGUCUGAAUUUUGCAGUACAUUUGCGGUGAAGAUUAUACCAGUGUAGGUAGCCUCUCAUUCAAGACAACCUUUUAUGCAUUGUGAGAUGCACAGGAGGGUGGUGGCACCUUAAUUGGGGGUGACGGGCUCGUGGUAAUGGCUGGAGCAGAGUAAGUGGAAUGGUAUCAUAUACA